UCCAAUUCAGCUUGUCCAGACCAUCAUCAUCACUCAACACUCAUCAACAAAGACAAGCAUCUCAUCUCAACUCAGAUCACGGUCCUACAACUAUCGCAUACAUUUACACCCGAACCUUCAUCAUGACGACCAACUCAUUCGGCGGAGCUCUUCCUCGCUUUGACUUUCCUUCUCAACCGGCCCCAGCUGUAUCUCGCAUGGCGCGCAUCCACAAAGCCCUUCCAGUUGUAUUAGUCGCAGCAACAGUGGCUGCUGUCGCACUCAAGACUACUCAAGAAGCAAGAGAGUCUCAUACUUCUAUCCCUGCCAUGUUGUUUAGUCGCGUUCCAGCUCAAGGCUUGGUACCUCGAGGACAGGGGAUCAUUGGCAAACAAAAUGUUGACUUGGGCGAGAAGCCGAACAAGUAACGAGCCUUAGAUUUAAAUGGAAUCGAGC